UAGAGGUCUCCCGCCGCCCCCUGUAAAUGGCUGGGAGGCCCGGGCCCCAGCCCAGCAGCUGCGAUUAUCAAUCCCCCUCUCCUCGUCCCCCCCGACCAUGUGAUGGUCCUGCCCGGUGCGAUCAGCAGCCGGAGCCUGGCGCUGCGUCACUCCGUGCCGGGAGAGGGGCCGGUGUCCGCAGCAUGGAGAAAGGACUGGUUGUUACUCAGCUGGAUGUUGAGGCUGGUGAGUGCAUCAAGGUCAAAGGGAAGAUCCAGUCUGAUGCCAAAGGGUUUGCUGUGAACGUGGGGAAGGACAGCAACACCCUCAUGCUGCAUUUCAACCCUCGCUUUGACUGCCACGGGGAUGUCAACACCAUCGUGUGCAAUUCCAAGGAGGAUGGCGUGUGGGGGGAGGAGGACAGGAAGGCUGAGUUCCCCUUCCAGCAUGGUGACAAGAUUGAGAUAUGCAUCUCCUUCGAUGAAACUGAGGCCACGGUGAAGCUGCCCGAGGCAGAGUUCAAGUUCCCAAAUCGGCUGGGCAUGGAGAAAAUUGAAUACCUGGCUGUGGAGGGUGACUUCAAAGUCAAAGCCAUUAAGUUCAGCUAACAGCUAUAGCUUGGUUGUUUUGUUUUCUGCCCCCUAUGUAGUGAAAUAAACCAAAACUUGCAAUGGCUG